CUUAUCAUGAUAUGCGCCCCAUCGCGCUGCAAAGGUACGAACAAGCAAAACGUAGAUGCCUCGAACUGAAAGGUACCGAGAAACCUCCUCGACGCGGCCGCAAUGCUACUAAGGAAUCGAGCCUCAUCCCUGAUCUUAAUCGGAGGGCUGUGAUCCGAUGGGAAAACGGAGUGCCUGUUGGGGCCUUUGCCAAUGCUUUCAACAAUUUCCUUGCCGUUUUAGCCAGGAGACACGAUUUCUUCAACAUAUUUUUGACGUGGAAAUCGCAGCGGAUUGAUGCGCUGGUGGCUUGUUGGAGAUAUAUAUGUCGAUUUUUCUUUCUUGACGAUAAUAUUUGUGCCUGGACGUACUGCUUCGGGCAAAUCAAUGUAUCGUUCAAGAGAUGGCUCCACUUUGGGUUCAUUAGACAGAGCAACACCGAAAUGUUGGAGAAUGAGAGUGAUGAUAUAGCCAAAGGGAAGGAAUUUGAAAUGCUUACAUUCCAUACUCUUGAGAAAAUGAUUAGCCCAAUUCACUUUUAUUUGGGCAAAGAUGGCAUAAACUGCAUUAACUUUAUCAGGGGCAUAGUGAUCGAAACUCCCGGUUUUGGGAAUAAGGUUUUGAGCAACAAUACGAGCUAUGAUUUUAGCAGUGGGAUUGAGUGA